AUGUCGACGGACCUCCUUCUAAACGAAUACUUUUAUCCACAAAAUGAUUAUUUCAAUAGUACAUUUGAAGACGUUCCGUCUCCGGAGUCGGUGUCAUUGAACGCCGAGCCAACCUUCGAAGAUUCGUCUUCCCCACACGACGACUUUUUCGAACCUACUUUCGAUAUAAAUUUCUGCCUGUGGAAGGACAACUCCACAUCACCAAAACCUCAACCAGUUCUUGAAGCCGUAUUUUCUCCUAAACCUAUUAAUGUGAUGCCGUCACCUCAAUCAAGCAGCCCAUGUUGCCACGUGUGCGCUUCUCCGACUGCUAACACUUUGCACUUUGGAGGUCGUUCUUGUAAGGCAUGUGCUGCGUUCUUCCGUCGAAGUGUUGCAAUGUCAAUGACAUACGAAUGCAUUGGGUCGGGAGAUGACGCAACUCCGUGUAAAAUUCACUAUGAACUUCGGAUGCUCUGUCGACACUGUCGUUUCAUCAAAUGUUUGGAAGCUGGAAUGCGCAGAGAAUUGGUGCAAGCGAAGAAAGAAGAGGCAAAAGUAGCGAAACGACGAUCAAAAGGAUUAGUGGUUACGAAAAAUGAGAAUGGAAAUUCAGAAAGUACCUAUGACGAUUAUGUGAACUCAUACACAAAUGUUAUUGAUUCAAGUCCGAAAAUGGAAAUUAGUGACGUGCCCGAAUCAUAUCAUUCUCCGGAUAUUUCAGUUUCCUCCCAACCAAUAGAUAUGACUGUAACACCUUCUCCUCCACCUCAACCACCACUUCCACCAACUCCAUCAAUCCUUCUGACACCUGCUACAGUACUGACAACAUCUCAACGUUGCAUCUCUCAUUCUCCGCCUUUCGAUCCACAACAAGCAAGCACAAGUCACGCAGGAGUCGAACAACCGAUUCAAUAUUUCCGUAUCGUUGAGCUUGAUGACAAGACAUUUGAAUUAGUGAAUCACUAUGUGAGAACAGAAGCAUCGUUGAAUGAUCGGAGGAAAAUAAUGUAUACUGAUACGCAGAUCCGAGAUGUUUUUGAUACAACUUGUGAAUGUCCAUACGAACCUCAUCAGCUGAAACCAUUCGACUAUAAAACAUUCUGUGGAUUUGUGAAACAUGAUUUCGUUAUGAUUCUGGAUUAUGUGAAUCAGUUUCCCGAGUUCCAAUCUCUUGUUAAGGACGAUAAAAACGUUGUCUAUCGGAUGGCAUGUGCUGUUGACUCGAUGUUAGCUUCUGCCUAUUACAGUUAUCGAGUUGGUAUCGACAACAAGCAAUUGAUUCUGUUCAAUGGAGACUUUAUUCAGAUGAAUCCUAUUCCGAUGCGAGGAGAUGAGCCAGGAUCUGACAAAGAGUUCAAAACAACUGCAGAACAUGAAAAAUACAAAACUUUGAUGCCACUAAAACUAAAACAAUACUUUGAUUUGGCUCUUCCAUUUGCACGAUUAGAAGUUUCAUUCGAAGAAUAUGUGCUCCUCAAAGCUCUCACCAUCUGGCAAAUGAGUAAAUACCGACUAGACGAAGGUGGUCAAGCUAUUUGUGCCCGUCAAAAGGAUGUCAUUGUUCAAGCCCUACAUAGAAUUGUAGAAGAAAGAGGAGAUGAAGAUCCAGCGACUAGAGUUGGACAACUUCUGCUGAGUAUGAGCUACAUCACGGAACUGGUCCAAGCAAUGACCAAUUCUUAUCUUGUGAUGACAUUCUUCGACGUUGUAUCCUGUGACAGUAUUAUGUAUGAUCUGCUCUCUUUCAAAUAA